UAACACCACCGAUUUCAGUUUCAGUCGAAUACGUGUAUGCUCCUUGCUCGAUUUGUCCAGCGAGAGGCAUGUUAUCCCAGUCGACGUCAUUUUAGUUCAAGCGGAUUUUCGUCUACACUGAAGAAUAUAUGGGAGAGAGUGAAAGGAUUUCUUACAGAGAGCGAAAAAGAAAACUUUCAUGACGACUGCAUCCGGCGAUCUCAUAAAUCAGAUGGAAUCAAUGACGAGGAAUGGAUGCUCAUCUACAGAGACCAAGGUGCGUCGCGAUCCUUCCUUGCAGUCUCCAUUGCAUUUCCUGCCUUCAUAGCUGGAUUAGGAAUGCUAGGAUAUGAACUUUAUACCAAAGCACACAGUGAAAGAAAUCGACUGGUGCAGCGGUUAGUUACGGAUGUCAAAGAAAUAGGCCUUUUGGCACUGUUACCUGGCACGGCUGUUCUGGUUGUGAUAUUUAUCCUUCUACGGUUGCACCAACUUCGUUUACUGCGGAUUUACCAAAACAGAAGGAAUGUAGACGACUAUUUAGCAAUCGGUUCGAAAAGGAUAGUAGAAAAGCAUCAGUUACCUUUUAAUCGUAAUUGCGCAGCCGCUUGCUAUUUUUCGGAAGAGAAAGAAGGCAUUUUAAAGCUUCUGACGGAGGCCUUCUUAGGAAAUUUCCAGGUUGAAAACAGACGGUUUUUGAUUUCCGACGACAGUUUCCGUGCAAAUAAUUAUAGAACGUAUAUGCUAAACGAAACAAGUAUCCCUCCACGAUUGCAAGGAUAA